AUGGGUUGGAUCGGGCGGAUAACCAUAUUUUUAACACAUUUUGCCACCUCUAGUGUUCGUAGAAGGCGAAGGAGCAGAAAUUCUAACAUUGGUGCUUCGCCACGCAAUAAUAUUCGAAGAUCAAGAAGAAGGUUGGAGCAAGAAAUGAGCGAAGAUAGAGAUUCGGGGUUAGUUGAAGAAGUGGUUAAACCAAGAAAGAAAAGGAAUAGUGGUAAAUCCAAAAAGGAUAAGCUUAGCUUGGUUACUUCAAGUGCAUCAACAAAAUCAAAAGAAGGAGAAGGGUGUGAUUUAAUAAACAGAAUUGAGAUACUUUUAAGUGAUUUGGUGAUGUGGAGGGAUGUGGCAAGGUCAAGCCUUUGGUUUGGUUUGGGGUCUCUCUGUUUCUUAUCUUCUUGUUUUGCAAAAGGAGUUACUUUUAGCAUUUUUUCUAUGGUAUCACAAUUGGGGUUACUGUUUUUAAUUGUUUCAUUCUUCUCACAUUCGAUUCGCAAAAGAGAUGGUGGUACAGAAGUAAAGCGCGAAUUUCAGCUGACUGAAGAUGACAUAUUGAGAAUGGGAAGAUUGAUACUUCCAGCUGCAAAUCUUGCAAUUUCUAAAACAAGAGAGCUUUUCUCAGGAGAACCUGCUAUGACCCUCAAAUUAGUGCCAGUGCUGAUAAUUGGAGCUGAGUACGGCCAUUUGAUAACUGUAUGGAGGCUCUGUGCCCUUGGGUUUUUCAUCAGUUUUACUGCCCCAAAACUUUAUUCCUCUUAUUCUUAUCAGAUAUCUAGUAAAGCCAAGUAUAUGAAAUAUCGGUUGGUGGAGAGUUGGGGUGCUUGCUCUCACAAGAAGAUGAUAGCUGCAUCAGCAUUGAUAGCAUUUUGGAACCUCACCAGUCUCAGAGCACGAAUCUUUACAGCACUCAUAUGUCUAGUAAUAUUCAAAUACUGUAAACAACAUGAAGAGGCAGCAAUGGUUGAUGAAGAAAUUGUUGAAGUGGAAGAAGAAGAAGAAGAAGAGCAGAAGCAGCAGGCAUUAGUUGUGUUAGAACCUGUGGCAUAAUUGUGCACUCUAUAUGCCAAUGUAUCACUGCUAUACUAUUACUAGGUGUGCUGAGCUACUAACAUAAUAAUAAUAACCCCUCUUGUUAUUUUUCUCAAUCUAUCAAAGGAAGGAGAAAACCUUGUUGUAUUUCCUUGUAUUUUGUAUAUCCAAUCAAAGCAAGGAAGAAGAGUUUCUACUGCUCUUCUGGAAAUAAAGAAAUCUGAUCUUUAC